ACCCUGGGCAUCUUUCUUUUGGUGUUUUUCAGAGUCAGUAGAAAGGCCUCUUUAGUGUCCUACAUUUUCAUAACUGUGACCUUAAUUGCCUACCGUCUGUAAGCUGUUAGUGUCUUAACGACCGUUCCACAGGUGUAUGUUCAUUAAUUGUUAAUGGUUCAUUGAACAAGCAUGGGAAACAGUGUUUAAACCCUUUACAAUGAAGAUCUGUGAAGUUAUUUGGAUUUUUCCGAAUUAUCUUUGACAGGGUUCUGAAAAAGGGACAUUUCUUUUUUUGCUGAGUUUAUGUCAUUGAUAUGGUACCUUUUUGUAUUGUUCCAUUCCAGACAUGUUAUCCAUCUGCAAACACGAUGUCCCUGACAUGAACAGUACAGAUGAAAACAAUGCAUGGAAACAAACCACAUUGAUGGGUCUCACGUUACUCUAUACGUCAUGUGACCAGUCAGAACAGGAACAUGAAAAGAAUGCUAUUUUUUAGCUCUUGGUGCGAGUUUCGGGUUUUCGCUCCGUUUCGAGAGAUGACUUCUGGACACAUAUGUAGUGUUAUUAGGUGAGGCUCACAGCGAUUGAAGUUACCUGGUGAUUUUGCAGUCAUGUGGUCGUGAGAUACCCGUGGGAGUUGUUUGUCCUUAUUGUGUGUCUAAAGCCUAACCUCCGUUUUCAGUACGGAGGUAGUAGGUCAAGGUGUAACUUAUUUAACAAAGGAAAACCCUUUGUUAUACCAUCACAAGGCAGUUUAUAAAGCAUUUCCCCAAAGGGUCUGAACUGAGUGGUGAAACAAAAUAUUGGGUGGAGUUUUGUUACAUUGACGUAGUCCUUUCACAUAUUUCAGAGAGACAGCUUUAUUGCCUUACUUAAAAAAAUAGGGGGACACCAAGAGUAUAUUUACUGCCACUGGAAUCUUCUCGUCUCAAUCGAGGAAAGACGGACAGAGACAACAUGAAGAUGCAGAUGUUGGUGGUGUUGGCUGUAGCAGCUUUGGUCCCCAGUCUGUCUGAGGGACGGAUCCUCUCCAAAUGUGAGCUGAAGAACUUGUUGGAGAAGGAGGCCCUCAAAUUCAAACUGAGUGGGCCAGCCGGAGUGAAGAACCUGACAAACAACGAUUUUGUGGCUAAAAUCGUCUGUCACGUGGAGAAGGCCUCCGGUUUCAACACCAGUUUUGUGACUGCUUGGAGGGAUGAUGACGGCCCUGAUGUCCUCCCUACCCGCCCUGCUAAGGUUAAUAACCGCCAUCGCCCUGAGCCCCCUCCUAAGAGGGGUAAGAGACACGCCGGGGAUGAUGUUGACCCUACCCACACUGCUAACAAUGAUAACCAUCCUACCCGCCCUACCCCUCCUACCCGCUCUGAGCCCCCUCCUAAGAGGGGUAAGAGACAGGCCAGGGAUGAUCCCCACCCUUUCUACCCGCCCCGCCGUUUCUACCCUCCCUACCCUUUCAACCAGCCCUACCCUUUCUACCCUCCCUACCCUUUCUACCCGCCCCACCCUUUCAACCCGCCCCACCCUUUCAACCAGCCCAACCCUUUCAACCAGCCCCACCCUUUCUACCCGCCCCACCCUUUCUACCCGCCCCACCCUUUCUACCCGCCCCACCCUUUCAACCAGCCCCACCCUUUCAACCAGCCCCACCCUUUCAACCAGCCCCACCCUUUCUACCCGCCCCACCCUUUCAACCAGCCCAACAUUUUCAACCAGCCCCACCCUUUCUACCCUCCCCACCCUUUCUACCCUCCCCACCCUUUCAACCAGCCCCACCCUUUCAACCAGCCCCACCCUUUCUACCCGCCCCACCCUUUCUACCCUACCUACCCUUUCUACCCGCCCCACCCUUUCAACCAGCCCCACCCUUUCUACCCUCCCCACCCUUUCUACCCUCCCUACCCUUUCAACCAGCCCCACCCUUUCAACCAGCCCCACCCUUUCAACCACCCCACCCUUUCUACCCACCCCACCCUUUCUACCCGCCCCACCCUUUCUACCCACCCCACCCUUUCUACCCGCCCCACCCUUUCAACCAGCCCCACCCUUUCUACCCGCCCUGAGCCCCCUCCUAAGAGGAAUAAGAGACACGCUGGGAAUCACUUCACCUCAGGAGAGGAAAACUCCAGCGAAGAAGAGACCAUGGGAACCCUCUACGGCUUGUUUCAGCUGAGCGAUCGUGUGAUUUGUUCCUCGGGCUCCACUCCAUCGCUGAACCUUUGCCAGAUGAACUGCAGUGCUUUGAUUGACGACAACAUAAGUGAUGACUUAAACUGUGUGGAGACUAUCAGACAGACAAUGGAAAGUGGUCGCGUUCAAACAAUGGCUCUAAAGAGAAUGAUCAAGCUGCUCUUCCAGAAGGAAUGUGUCGCCACGGUGGCCUCCAGCUACUUCUCCAAGUGUUGAAGUGUUGAUGUUAGACCACAAUCCCCCAAUUGCAAAAAGAUCCGAAUUGGGCUGCCUGUGUUAAUACAGCCACAGUGUGUAACAAUUAGUUCUCAUCAGCUUCAUGUUCACAAAGUACACCGGAAUAGAA